AUGCAAACGAUCAAGUGUGUUGUGGUUGGUGAUGGUGCUAUUGGCAAAACGUGUCUUCUGAUUUCGUACACGACAAAUGCGUUCCCUAGCGAAUAUGUCCCGACCGUAUUUGACAACUACACUGCGAAUGUUAUGGUCGAUAGCAAGCCUGUAAGCUUGGGCCUCUGGGACACUGCGGGCCAAGAAGACUAUGAUCGGCUCCGCCCGCUGUCGUACCCCCAAACGGAUGUGUUUUUGAUUUGCUUUUCCAUUGUGAGUCCGCCCAGCUUUGAAAAUGCAAAAACCAAGUGGUGGCCCGAGGUGACGCACCACGCUCCUGAUACCCCCAUUAUUCUUGUCGGCACAAAGCUCGAUUUGCGCGAAGACCCAACGACCAACGCGCGUCUUCGCGAGCGUCGUAUGCACCCCAUCACGUACAGCCAAGCCAGACACAUGGCGAAGGAAAUUCGUGCCGUGCGCUAUUUGGAAUGCUCGGCGCUGACCCAAAAAGGGCUCAAGGGCGUUUUUGACGAAGCCAUCCGAUGCGUCUUGUCGCCCCAGCCUAUCAAGCGGCGGAAGACGAACAACUGUGUUUUGCUGUAA